AAUAGAGGGAACUGUAGCGGUAUACUCGUCUGCUUUGCUUAAGUAUGUUGCUUACUCUGUGUGAGAAAAUGCGAUUAAUAAUUUGUUAGUUUGAUCUUUAAAUUGAAACGUAUUCCGUGCUGGUAAUAAUUUCAUAUCAUUACAUCAAAGGGAUGGCCUUUACAAAAUUGAGAAUAAACUUACUAGAUAAGGGCUUGUUGAAAAUUUUACAUAUGCCACAAUUCUGGCUUCAAUCUGAAAAAGUUUGGCUUAGCCAGAGGAAGCUUUCUUGCCAAAUUAAAUUUCACAGACCCUUACUUUCUUGCAAACGAGAAAUCAAGAUGAAUAGCAAUCAUUGGAAAAACAACGCCAUCUACAUUUCCUGUCCCGUUUUUGGAGCAUGGAGAUUGUGUACAACCCCGAGUGGCUCUCAGAAAAGUUCACAGAAUUGGAUAACCCCUGUCAAGUUAUCAUAUGCUUCUUAUGAAAGUACAAAAGAAGUGCCAAAACAUUUUCAGCCAGUUGUGAUUCUCCAUGGUCUGCUGGGUUCUAAAAUGAACUGGAAAACUUUGGCAAAAGUUAUGUCUUUAAAAAGUGGUCGAAAGGUAUUUACCUUAGAUGCCAGAAACCAUGGUGACAGCCCUCACACAGAGGAGAUAGAUUAUCACAACAUGGCAGCUGAUAUUGAAGUUUUCAUGGAUGACAUGGGCUUGUGCAAGGUAGUGCUUAUCGGACACAGUAUGGGAGGGAAGACUGCCAUGACGUUGGCCUUGAAAAAAGAUUUUUGGGUUCGGCAGUUCAUACUCACCAACGUGAUAGAAAGUGAAAAGGAGAUCACUUGGCGAGUCAACCUGGAUGCUUUGGAAAGAAAGCUUUCUACAGAUCUUCUAACAUUUCCAGAGUUUAGUGACUGUUACAAUGGAGAUACUUUAUUCAUUUGUGGGGAAAAAUCUAACUAUGUCAGGAAAGGAGAUCAUGAAGAAAUACAUAAACUGUUUCCAAAGGCUAAGAUAUUAUACAUUAAGGAAGCUGGCCACUGGGUUCAUUCAGAAAGGCCAGAACAGUUUUUGGAUGCUGUUUUAGAGUUUCUAAACAUCAAGGAUCAAGAAAAGUGUUGAUUUCUCUAGGAGGAUCCUAAGGUGAAAGGUUAAGGCAAUAUUUCCCCAAACUCAUCACAGUUAAGAGGUAUUGUAAAAGUAAGAUCACUGAUACUGUAAAUGUAUAGAACUGAUGGAGUAUUUUCUACUCCCGUUUUUAUACGUUUCUGUUUAAAGUAAUAAUUAUUAGUAGGGUGUUAACAGUUUGCAAUAUGUAUAUCACAUGUACAAUAAACAGGGGUUGUACAGAUGUUUUUUAAAUUAAAGAUAUCUGAUGUUCUUAGCAAGAAAAGUUAGAGGUUGGUGAAGUCUUAUAAGCAGCAAGUAGAAUAUCUCUAAUGUUUUAAAUGUUUCACUUACAUACAAUGAUGAUUCCUACUGGCAAACCCAUGGUAGCAAUAAAUGAAAUAUUUGUGUAAA